AGUGCGGUGAAAUCCAAUGAGAGUGAGGUUAUGUCAACACGUUGCAUUACAAAGCGCAACGCUCUACGUCACACGUUAUUUAAACAGAAAGUGUUUUCUAUCCGUUGCCAAACCUGCUGUGACACCCGGACGAGUUUUCCCCUUCUUCAGCGACCUUGAAAUACUUUGGAAUAAGAGUCAAUGCAAUGCCUGCGAGUGGCUCAGCCGGUACAGGAUGAUAAGCUCGGAGUCUCUGACCCUGCUGUCGCAAAUGGGUGCAGAACAUCGUGGAGAAAAUGUGCGAUUUCCCGGGCCCCUGUACACAUUGAUUGGCAAGGCUACGGUGGAAGACCAGGUGAGGUUUCUUGCCUUGACCUUAGAACAAAUCAUCCAACUCAUGGAUGCCAGAGAGCACAUGAAUUCAGUGAAAUGGAACCACAAGACCAUUGAUAAUUUUCUAAGUGUCCUGCACAGGCAGUCAUCUGAACUAAAAGAAUGUGUGGCUCAAUACCAUAAGUCAUCACACAAGAAGGCUUACGAGAUAAGCAUAAAAAGUCACUUCAGGGAUUUAAUGAAAAUUCUAAAGAAAAAGGAAUACAGUGCUCAGGGAUGGGAACAGAUCCGGGGAGCUGUGAGAAGACACCUUAAAAGGAUGGACAUCAUUACAUAAUCCCAAGAAGUAAGAAAAGAAAGGGAGAGAGCCGAAAGGGACAGAAAGUACAUGGAGAAGAAAAAAAUGCCAAAAAGAGGAAAAUAUUUCAUCAGUGGAGUGAGAGAAUAAAAGGAGUAACUUUUACAUAAUUUUAUGAUUGUAUUGUUCUAAAGAUUGUACCAAAUAUCCUAUUUAUAACUAAAGUCUUGUUCUAAUGUUUUUAUGAGAACAACCUUUAACUUGUCAUGUUGUGAUGCUACACAUUUGUUGCUACACAGUUUAAGAAACAUAUAGACAUGCACACACAAACAUGUUCAUUGUCCUGCUACUUUGUCAUGUCAUUUUGUUUUAAAAUUAAAUGAAUUGUUCAUUGAUUCAUCGGCAUGUUUAGUUUGAAAUUUGAUGGCCCAUUUAACCUGAUAAGGUGGCCCAUUUUACAUGAUAAUGGUGUGGUUGUCUUUUUGGGUGACCUUUGACAAAUUAAUUACUGUGGGACAAAAACAUAUUUUUUUAUAGCACAUUAUGUAUUUAGAAUUAUAAAGGAGACCUGAAAUAACAAAAAGAAACAUGAUUUGAUUUGAUGUCCACUUAAUUUGAUAGGUGUUUAAACAAUUAACCAAAAAGUGGCCCAUUUUAGUUGAUUUCACCCUAAGUGUAUAGAUAUUUUUCAAGUCUCCUUUAAAGAAAAGACCUUAAGUCUACUAGUUUUGUUAUAGGACAUGGUUGUAUAAAAUCAGUUAAAUUAAUAAUGAUAAUAAUAAUAAUAAUAAUAAUAAUAAUAAUAAUAAUAAUAGCCAC